AAAUAAAAUUUGCCUUUUGAAUUUUUUUAGAAACACUUCCUUUUAUUUUUACUUCAAAUAUUAAAAUACGAGCUAUUUUUUACUAUUCCUUCACAAAAAAAACGGAUUCCUGUUCGAAAUUAUAAGGUUUAGAAAAAAAAUUAUAUCUUCUAAAUUAAAAGCAAUUUUCAAAACUUACCGAAACUGCACAAGAGGAAGGCGAGAGUUGAGGUGGCAAAAGUGGUUAAAGUGGCUUUGGGGAAGAGGAAAUGGGGGGUUUGGGACCCCUGACGCCGGUCAUUGGCACACCUAAGGGCGAAUUCGUCACUGUUGUCACCACAGUGGUCAAAACCGUCGCAAUUGAGAAGGGAGGAAAUGCAACGUUUGUUGUGACACAAAAAAUCAGAACCGGAAAGACACUCAUUGUAGUUAAAAGCUGCAUAGACUAUGGCAAGACGGGAUUGAGGGCCAAACAAGCCCUUAAAACGGAUAUAAAACCCUUGGGAGAUUUCCACAAUGUGUUCACGAUUUUUUUGGGUGUAGAAUAAGGGCAAGGAGAGUUUCAGAUUCUCAACCACUGGUCCAUCCGAGGUCAAACCUUGCCGAACUGUCAAUUCGGUACUCCCCGCUGAAACUUUUCAGAUAAUUUCAGGAAAAUUCGCAGUGGUACCAACCAAAACCGGAAAAAUUGACCACCUUGACGUACAAAUGCGUUUUCAAGUGAUACGUUUCCGGGGGUUUCACCAACCAAAUGCAAUCGAAUGAUUUCAACCCAUCUUGGACCAUAUCCAUCAUGGUAAUCCCACCCCCGGGAUUCCCCACUUGCCCCCCACAAUCUAUGUUCGUCACAUCGCUGAUGUAGGAAUAGUAGGCUUUGAAACCGAGCCCAGUGGCCCCAUUGGCGUAAAAUCUUAUCACGAGUGAUGACCCAGAUGUGAUAACAGGCGGACGAAAAAUAUUUCCGGUUGUAACGUAAAUCCGGUCGCCUGAGGCGUCAAAAAACUAAAAUUUGUUUUAGUCAAAUUGUCAAAAUGUCAACUAACAUCAAUGAUCGAAGUUGGCGCUAUGAGAAAGUCGGUGAAGACUAGAUUGAUUUUGCAAGUGUUGUCGGUUUUGCACCCAAUGGUGUAUUCCAUGGUCAAGUCCGAUGGGUACAAGUUGGGGAAAAAUGGGCUUUGUACCAUUUGGGUACCAUUACCGGUUUUCGAUUUGUCACAAGUGCUCAAUUACCCGGAAAAAUAAUGACGCCUCCAACACCUUGAAGUCGCAACGAAAACCCAAGGAUAUGAACCUUAAAAUCGGUCCAAAAUGAUCGAACACAGCGGUUGCAAAAUCGUCGUGAUCAUCGCACUUUCUGUGUUCUUUUUCGUCCCGAUUUUGUACUACAAAAAUGAGUUCCUCGACCAAAAAACGAUUUUUUUCACCACUGAAACGCAAGAUUACAACGAAAGUAGUUAUUUGGUCGCGACCCCGAAAUGCAAGAUACCGAAUUUGGACCCGUUCCAGGCCGAAAUCUUGAAGUUUUACCAUCCGAAAAAAUACUUUUCUUGUAGUAAACAUGAUUUGUUAACGUUUGUGACAAAAAACGACAAUAUUGCCACUCUCCAUAUUAAUACAACAGUGCUUCCGUCCUACAGUAAGAAUGACAUAUCGUGCUGUUUGGCCAAUAUCACUCGCACGGAAAACAAGCAGAAUCCGGACGACAGUAUCAGAAUCUCGGCUUGCAAAGAGUUCAAGACAAACGCCACCCUCCACCACAACUUCAUAAUGGUAAAAUGCACCGACUCGAAAACAAAGAAGCAAAUCUACGAGAACACCCACGCGCCCAUAACCCAAUCAAAUCAAAUCAAGGAGAAAAUCUCCACAAUGAAUACCAACACAACGACUCCUUUCAGUGUUUUCUUCGUCGGAAUCGACAGCAUAUCGCGAUUAAACUUCCUCCGAAUCCUCCCCCAAACGUACCAGUUCUUGGAGGACAACCAAUGGACCCCCCUGCGUGGGUACAACAAAAUGGGGGACAACACCUUCCCCAACGUGAUGGCCAUCCUGACCGGCUUCAACGAAACCCAGGCUUAUGCCGUCUGUGACCCCAAAACCGUGGGCAAAAUGGACAAAUGUCCCAUGUUAUGGUACGAUUACCGGAAAUUGAACUACGUGACGGGGUACGCGGAGGACGAGGCCUGGAUCAACACUUUCAACUACAAAAAAAAGGGUUUCACGAAACCCCCCACUGAUUUCUACUUCCGGCCCUACAUCCUUGGUUCAGAAAAGUUGAAAACGGUAAAAAAAGGCGGGAUGGACUAUUGCACAGGUCCUGAGCCGGCAGGAGAACGCAUUUUGAACCUUGCAAAAGACUUCGCUACCAGUUUCAAGGACGUUGCAACGUUUUCCUUCUUCUGGAUGAACACCUUCAGUCACAAUGACCUCAAUGCGCCCUCCAUGAUGGACACCAAAAUCCGGGAUUUCCUCCAGGAGAUCACCACAAGUGGGGUUUUGAACAACACCAUCAUGGUAUUCCUGAGUGACCAUGGGAUGAGAUUCGGGGAAAUCCGGUACACGACCACUGGAUGGUUGGAGGAACGCCUCCCGUUUAUCUACAUAUGGGUCCCGGAGCGGUUCAAACGCCAAUUUCCGUCAGAAUUCCGGAAUUUGGAGACGAAACGUGACCAUUUGACCACACCAUAUGACCUCUAUAUGACCUUGCAACAUAUCCUGGUACUCUCAGGGUUCAAUUAUACCCAAAAAGCGAGUGAGGCGUGUCCGAAAUGUACCUCGUUGUUUGCACCAACCGAAUCGGAGAGGUCGUGCGAGGAUGCUGCUAUUGAGCAACAUUGGUGCACAUGCGCCGGUUAUAACCCGGUGCCAAAAUCCAACCGAACCGUUCAAAAAGCUGCCAAAUUCGUCAUAGGCCAAAUCCAUGGGAUAAUCAGCACCAAGAAGAGUGAUUCGAAAUGUGCCAAAUUUUCGGUGGGAAGGAUUAUUUCGGCGAGUGUUUCAGACCGGUUUAGUUACAAAAGUGAUGUUUAUUUCUUGUUGGUGGUGGAGACGACGCCCAAGGCGGUGUUUGAAGCCACUGUGGGGUACAAAGGGGCUGAUGGGUUUGAGUUGACAGGGGGGAUAAGUCGUUUGGAUAAGUAUAGUGAUCAUAGUGGGUGUGUGGAAGAUGCCUCGUUGAAGAAGUAUUGUUAUUGCCGGGGUUAAGUGCCUUUUUUUUUUUUUCGUUGCCAAAGUUUGCUCAGCCGGUUGGUUCAAUGGGAGAAAUCAAAAUAUUGUGAUAUUAAUGCAUUUGGUACAAUAAGGAUUUUCUAGUCAAGCGUUAUUGUAAUCGAUGUAGUUAUUUUAGGAAGAAUAUUUUAUAUCAGUGGCGUUUAGUCUCAUGUCAACAAUAAAUAUUCACUUUAUUUAA